AUGGCGGAAAACGCGCCGCCAGCAGCAAGCGCAGCAAACGCAGCAAACGCGAAGGAUGACUCCGCCCGUGGUAUGCCCUACUACGACAAGCUACGGCGAGACCUCCGAGAGACAAUGCAGAAGAAGCGAAUCCUGGAGCAGAACAUGAGCGCGACGGACGAACAGAUAUACAAGAUGGAGUCGGCCUACCUCGAAGAAAGCACUGCUGGAAACAUAAUCAGGGGCUUCGAAAACUAUGUCAAGGGCUCAACGAGCGGAGCGAGUGGCGCUGGAGCGGGGACGUCGACUAGAAGGAAGGCUGCUAUCAACGACGCAGACCGGAUAUUCAGUCGGAGCUCGGCAAGCUUCAUGGAGGAUUCCGCUCUCGCCAUGUCCGCUCAGACGACACCUUCUCAUGCAAAUACGCCAUCUGCAUCUUUCGCUAAUGCUCGUGAAAACAGCAGUGGAACCCCAGGCGCAAGUACAAACAGCAAAGUUGCAGCAAACAAGAAGAAAAAGACAGGAGAUGACGACGAGAGUGAGGGAAAGCCAGCAAAGAGAGGCAAGAUUACCUACGGUCGGGAGUGA